AACGAAGCAGCUUACUGCCUAAAAUAGUAACCUGGAAGUAAAUACAGCUUUCCAAUUACACAAAGUUUCUCUUGAGAUCAUCUAUAGACAACCAAUCAGAGACCUUGCCUGGGAGCUGGCUCCUGAUUGGUGAAAGUAAGUUGAACCAAUAGAAUGUCAAAGAGCAAGAAAGAAAGAAAGAAAAAAAAAGCAUAGCAACAACAGAGUUUGCUGCCCUCACUUCCUUCAGCCUAGGCAAACCUGGACUCCCUCAUCCCAAAUGACUCGGCCCCUGCAUUUUAUAUGAAGGCUCUGAUUUACCAUACUGUGGCAAUCCAUCUGGUAACAUGGCAACCCAGUACAGACCAGAAGAGAAAACUGAGCAACACAGCUAAAAUACAGUGUAUUCCCAGGUAAAACAAAUGCUUUCAUCUCAAGUGGAUUGCUCUGAUCAGUUUCAACUAAAGAGCAGGAGAAAGCCCCCAGUGACAGGAACCCUGCCUGUGAACUGUGUCAUCUGAGUGUCAGCAGUUGUUUAAAAGGAUUCCCUACCAAGUGUGAAUCCACAGCCAGACAGGAAUUGUUGCUAGCUCAGGGUCCCUGAGGCUGCGCAAUGUGGGGUAAGGUCUUCCCUUGUGCUUCUUCUAGAAGAAAUUGUAAUCACAGUGUGUGCUUUCCUUGUUUACAGGGUCCACAUCGUGGAAACAGGAUGAAACUGACCAGUGAGAAGUUGCCCCCAAACCCUUUCAAUCUAUCUCAGUAUGAUAAUGAACAACAAAAAUUCUUCCAAUGGAAGCAGGAACUGCCUGAUUAUCGCCGCCAUUCUAAUUUGGUGGAAACAGCAUUGCAGUUCCUGAAAGAAAGAAUAAAAAAUGGGGAUGCUAUGGCAUAUUUCCUAAGAGGUCAACUCUAUUUUGAAGAGGGCUGGUAUGAAGAAGCCUUAGCACAGUUUGAAGAAAUCCAGGAGAAUGACCAUCAAGCAAUUUAUCAGCUAGGAGUGAUGUACUAUGAUGGGUUGGGCACUAAACCCAAUGCUGAAAAAGGAGUGAUCUAUAUGAAGAAAAUUCUUGAUUCUCCAUGCCCCCAAACAGUGCACUUAAAAUUUGCUGCUGCUUACAACCUUGGAAGAGCUUAUUUUGAAGGAAAAGGUGUGAAACGAUCAGACGCAGAAGCAGAGAGACUGUGGCUGUAUGCUGCAGACAAUGGAAACCCAAAAGCUAGUGUGAAGGCUCAAAGUAUUCUAGGACUGUUUUAUUCAAUGCAAGAGCCCAAACAAUUAGAAAAGGCAUUUUUCUGGCAUUCUGAAGCUUGUGGCAAUGGAAACCUGGAGUCCCAAGGUGCACUUGGUCUCAUGUACUUUUACGGACAGGGAAUCCGCCAAGACACCGAGGCUGCCCUGCAGUGCUUACGGGAAGCAGCUGAGCGAGGGAAUGUGUAUGCCCAGGGGACUCUUGUGGAGUACUACUAUAAGAUGAAGUUUUUUACCAAGUGUGUUGCAUUUUCCAAAAGGAUAGCAGACUACGAUGAGGUUCACGACAUCCCCAUGAUAGCCCAUGUCACAGACUGUCUCCCAGAGUUUAUUAGCAAAGGCAUGGCCAUGGCGGCUUUCUACUAUGCACGGUGUCUUCAGCUUGGCUUGGGCAUUUCGAAAGACGAAGCUACUGCUAAACACUAUUAUUCUAAAGCUUGCCGUCUGAACCCUACAUUGGCAGAUGAACUUCACAAGUUACUUAUUUGCCAAAGAAUUUAGACCACAAAGCAUUUCAACAAAGACCAUAAAUUCUAAUCUCAAACAAUGUGUGUAUGCUUACAGCAGCUACAUAUGUUAUUUUCUAAACCCCCAUUAUAUUAUCCAGGGUAUUUUAAGGAAAUGUUACCUUCAUUUUUAUAUUUGUAUUCUGUAAUUUUUAUACACUAAAAUUUAAAGGCUAAUCAAAUUGCUGGAAAAAGUCCCAGAGACCUGCCUCCUACCCUGUAGAGAGACUCAGACUGUACUGAGUUUGAAAGCAUGCCAAAAGCAAGUGCUCCUUUGCCUUAUUAAAUGCAGUAUCUGGAAUGACUUAGUUUUGUAUGAAUUGUAUGAAUUGUACUUUUGUAUGAAUUUUAUGAAUUGAGUUUUGUAAUUUCCAAACUACACCUGCUGCCAGUCUACUUAAAAACAUAAUUUGAAAGCUCAAUUCUUCAUAUUUUCUUUAAUGUUUUUAUAAUUUUAUGAAUUUUGCUAAUUUAAGAUAUUUUUAGUCAUUUAGAAUUUUUCACAAACUUAAGUGAAGGCCAAAGAUAACUUAAAGAUUAGACUUUCACAUCAAAGUGUAUAGUGUUUCUAUAACUUAUUAAAAGAUUCUUAUGAAUAAAUGACUAAUUUGUAAAUUUUAAAAUAUGGAUUUGAGAAAUUAUUUAGCAUCAUCUCCACAAUGAAUGAAACUGUUAUGACCCCUCGGUAAAUACAAGGAUUACAGCAAUAUGCUUUCGUUUGACUUCAUUUCCUACAUUUCUAUGCAAGAUAAAAUGUGAGAAAAAUCUCACAAAGAUCAUAAA